GGGUGGGGGGAGAAGAUGUCCGUUUUUCCUAAGAUAUCGUUGAGACCUGAGGUUGAAAAUUAUCUUAAAGAGGGAUUUAUGAAUAAGGAGGUUGUAUCUGCUUCAAGUAAACAAGAAGCAGAAAGGAAGUUUGAAACUCUGUUAAAUCACUUGUCCCACCCUCCAUCUUUCACAACUGUCAGAGUUAAUACACAUUUAGCCUCAGUUCAGCAUGUGAAAAAUCUGUUGAUUGUUGAACUUCAGAAGCAGUUUAAUGAAUUAAGUAUUCCUGUUCUUCAGCAUCCAGACCUUCCAGAUGUUUUACUUAUUCCUGUGAUUGGACCUAGAAAGAAUAUUAAAAAACAACAGUGUGAGGCCAUUGUUGGAGCCCAGUGUGGAAAUGCAGUGUUAAGAGGAGCCCAUGUCUAUGUUCCAGGAAUCAUGUCAGCUUCAAAAUUUAUGAAAGCUGGAGAUGUUAUUUCUGUUUAUUCCGAUAUUAAAGGGAAAUGUAAGAAAGGAGCCAAAGAAUUUGAUGGAACAAAAGUAUUUCUUGGAAAUGGAAUUUCUGAGCGAAGCCGCAAAGAAAUCUUCGGUGGGCUACCUGCACUGAAAGGUAUAGGUAUAAGAAUGACAGAGCCAAUAUAUCUCAGCCCUUCAUUUGACAGUGUUCUGCCCAGUUACUUAUUUUUACAGAAUUUGCCAUCUGCUGUAGUAACUCAUGUUCUGAAUCCUCAGCCUGGAGAGAAGAUUCUAGAUAUGUGUGCAGCACCUGGAGGUAAAACAACACAUAUCGCAGCCCUAAUCCACGAUCAGGGAGAAGUAAUAGCACUGGAUAAAAUAUCCAAUAAAGUAGAAAAAAUAAAGCAGAAUGCUUUAUUGUUAGGGCUAAAUUCUAUCAGGGCAUUUUGUUUUGACGGAACAAAGGCAGUUAAAGUUGAUACGAUUGAACACACAGAAGGGGCACCUCCAUUCUUACCAGAAUCUUUUGACCGAAUUCUCCUUGAUGCACCUUGUAGUGGAAUGGGACAGAGGCCAAAUAUGGCUUGUAAUUUGACUUUGAAGGAAGUGACAUCAUAUCAACCACUACAGCGAAAACUCUUCACUGUGGCAGUUCAGCUGCUGAAGCCAGGUGGUGUGCUGGUUUAUAGCACAUGCACUGUAACACUGGCGGAAAAUGAGGAACAAGUCGCCUGGGCCCUCAGAACAUUUCCUUGCCUUCAGCUUCAACCCCAGGAGCCGCAGAUCGGAGGAGAAGGAAUGAUGGGAGCUGGUCUGUCAUUUGAACAAUUGAAGUGGUUACAACGAUUUGAUCCAUCUUUUGUGUCAUUACAGGAUACUGACAUUGAUUCUCUUAGAGAUGCCAGAAUAGAGGACAUGAUUUGGCUGGCAAAUAAGGAUUGUAUAGGUUUUUUUAUUGCAAAAUUUCUAAAAUGCAAAAGCACAUCAGAGAAAGAUCCUCAGAGAUGA